AUGGUGCCCAUCGUCUUUCUCAUCGUCGUUUCGAUUCUGAAAUCGGACGCAGCGAUCGGAGAGUAUCGUCCGUACGAACCGGCGGAAUCAGGCAAUUACGGAUAUCAGCCGCCACGUCAAGAACUGGCUGCGUAUCCAACACCUCCGGCGUAUCUGGUUUGUGUUAGAAAGUGGAGGGGGGACCGAUUGCAAUAUCCUCUGAAAUCUAGGCCCACGGUCUCCAGAGCUGACAAUGGGCGCAAGUGCGGCGCCCCGCCCAAUAGAGCGAUACAUUGCCGCGAAAUUCAAAUUUUAGCAGCCAAAUUUCCGUUUUUUUUUGCCAGAUUAGCCACGAAAAAUCGAUAAUUUCUCAUUUGUCUCUCGAUAGACCGAUUUUAUAGGCUAUUACAAAUUUUUUAAGCGCAAGAGCGUCAAAUUUGGUCAAGUCGCAAAUCACAUUUAUCCGUUUGAAGGUUUUUGGCUAAAACUGCGUGAAUUUCAGUUGCUUUUCGGCAAUUUUCGCGGUUCGAGCGCUAAAAAUGCUUGUAUUUAUAUAUAUUUAUCGAUUUAUCAUUCUCAAAAUUAAUUAUGUCUGAAAACGGUCAAGAAAGCGCAAAAUGAGAAGUGCGCUUUUUAGGCGGCGAUCGGCGGCGAAGGCGAAAAAGCAAAGUCCGCGAAAAAUGCGCCAAAACGUGAUUAAUUGUGAGAAUUAGUGUGUUUUCAUGUCGAACAAUCAUUUUUAAUCGCCGUUGACCACAAAAAUCGGAGAAAAUCUGCUCAAUUCAUGAAAACGCCAUUGGCCGAGAUUGUCAGCUCUGGAGACUGUGUAGGGACAAGCUUAAAAAGUCUAAAAAGUUUGGACACGAUUAAACGCCCUAGCCGUGGCUGUACAAUAACUUUUCAGGAGCCGACGUCUCCUCCUCCGCCCUCACCGUCUGCGGGCGCGUGUCUCUCGCGAAUCCGUCUCGCCGCCUCGUUCGACGCGUCCAUCUCGUCGCAAAUCAACCGCUUCAUCGACUCGAUGCGCAUCGACCGUCUCCGAGCGUUCGUCUGCGAGCGGGUACGUUUUCGGCGCGUUCCGUCGUUUCCAUGCGCUUCCCACAGACCGCCUACUUCUGCGAUGACGCUCAGCAGCGCGAGGUCGGCGAGAUGUUCAAGCACUUUGAUCGAUCCGUCGAGAUUAUCGAGCAAGUGCGCGGGCAGUUGACGAGCACUGAAAAGGAUCAGUUGAAUAUGAUGGAGAACUUGAACGACACGCUCGCCGAGCAGGCGUUUUUCAUCUACAAGUUCCACGUGCGUUACAUUUUUCCACGCUCUUCUUUUUUCGGCUAAUUACGCGCUUUUUCAGCAACUCAACCCUGUGGAUUUGGCGAUUUUAACCUCGGCAAAGGCCUCGCUAACCACCGCCCUCUCCGCAAACGCCCCCGACGCCGCACUGAGCAAAGCGAUGGGUUCUUUCAGUCCGCAAGACUUGGAGCGAAUUCAAAAUCUGCCAAUUUCCGCGAUUCCGGAGGAAGUUCGCGGCCAUUUGGCUCGAUGUCAUAUCGAUUCGCCCGAAGUUGUGAACGACACCGUCGCGUUCCUGUUGUCUAUUAUGGGUUCUAAGCACACGAAUUCUUAUGGAGCGUAG